UCAUCAAGACUAAGUAGAAAGAAGAUGAUCCCUAGUGGCGAGAAAACACCCAUUUUUAAGGGAUGUGGUAAAGUCUUUGACUGGCACUCAACCCGAUCUCAGCAUCAGCAAAUGAAUACUGAAGUGAAAUCAUACAAAUGUGAAGAAUGUGGUAAAACCUUUAAGUACUGCUCAUCCCUAAGGAAACAUAGGCAAAUCCAUACGAAACUCUACAAAUGUGAAGAGUGUGGCAAUGUUUUUAAAAUUCACUCACAUCACAGAAUUCAUACUGGAGAAAAACCUUACAAAUGUAAGGAAUGUGGUAGGUCUUUUAACCAGCAGGCAUACCUUACUCGACAUCACAGAAUUCAUACUGGAGAGAAGCCUUACAUAUGUCAAGAAUGUGGCAAGGCCUUUAAGUGUCACUCAACCCUUCGUAAUCAUCUCAGAACUCAUACUGGAGAGAGACCUUACAAAUGUCAAGAAUGUGGCAAGGCCUUUCACCAGAGCUCAUCGCUUACUGUACAUCACAGAAAUCAUACUGGAGAAAGACCUUACAAAUGUAAGGAAUGUGGCAAGGCCUUUUCAUUGCAUUCAAACCUUCUUAAGCAUCACAGAACUCAUACUGGAGAGAAACCUUACAAAUGCAAAGAAUGUGGCAAGGCCUUUAACCAGCGCUCACACCUUAGCAAACAUCAUAGAAGUCAUACUGGCAAGAAACUUUAAAAAUGUAAAGACUAGGAGUAAGGACUGUAAAACCCUUACAUCACAGACCUUGCAUCCGAUAUAACUGGAGAAUAUCUAUACACAUCUAAAGAAGUCCAUCCUCUCUCUCCCUAAAACUCACAACAUCGUAGUUCUAUGGGAGCAACAUGGUAAAAUGUGAUGAAUGUGGUGAGACCUUUAACUGGAAUUCAGUCUAUACUCAGUGUCCCAAAAUGCACACUUGGUUCAAACCCUAGAAACAUGAUUGUGGAAAGACCCUCAUUUUAAUAUACACGUUUACAAACACAGAAAGUCCUAAAGAAGGUAAAUUGAA